AUGGAUGGUGUUUCGCAGCAUUCACCAUUGAUCGGGGUUCAUCAGUCGAGAUCACCCGAUCAUAAUAUUCAUCCGACUGAUCUACGUACUUCACCAGGAAGCAUCGACUGUUAUCCGAAUGACCAUGAUCAUCCGUUAGCUCUUUGUCUUCCAACGUCCCAAACUUUGGUACAGGCUUCUAGAACUCCACCGCCACCGUGGAGUUUACCAACAAAGAAAGGUACGCCAGGGCUGAUAUGCGUCGUUUGCGGAGACACAAGCUCUGGCAAGCAUUACGGGAUAUUGGCCUGCAACGGAUGUUCUGGGUUUUUCAAGCGGUCAGUUAGAAGAAAGUUAAUUUACAGAUGUCAAGCUGGUACGGGCCGAUGCAUCGUCGACAAGGCUCACCGCAAUCAGUGUCAAGCCUGCAGACUAAAGAAGUGCUUGGCAAUGGGGAUGAACAAAGACGCUGUACAAAAUGAAAGACAACCGAGAAACACUGCAACAAUUCGACCUGAAACACUCCGAGACAUGAGUGCGGAGCAAGAAAGGGCUUUACGUGAGGCUGCGGUAGCUGUAGGAGUUUUUGGUCCACCGGUAUCAUUAACAAUGGCCUUGUCACCAGCGACUCGAUAUGGGCAAACUUUCCUGCCUCCAAUGCAUCAACCCUCAAUUCCAAGAGAGCCUCUUCGCGGACCUCCUAGUCCAAAUAAGGAUAAUAAUGACAACAAUACUAGUGACAAUGACGAAGAAAGCAUAGAUGUAACAAACGAAGAAGAUGACACACCGUCGUCUGGUUGCGGAGUAUCAUCGAGUAGUGGACCCCUGAGACCUGAACCGCAACCUGCGUCUUUGGCCACCAGUCUUUACCCACCAAGCCAUGAAACCAUUUAUGAAACGUCAGCACGACUACUAUUCAUGGCAGUAAAAUGGGCCAAAAACUUACCUAGUUUCGCAAGUUUACCUUUCCGAGAUCAGGUGAUACUGUUAGAGGAAGCCUGGAGUGAACUAUUCCUUUUAAAUGCAAUACAAUGGUGCAUGCCUCUGGAUGUUUCAGCCAGUCCACUUUUCAAUAUGAACGAGCACAGCAAAAAUGGCAACUCAACAACAGAUGUUCGAAUUUUGACAGACACGCUACUUAGGUUCAAGUCAGUGCAUGUGGAUCCAGCAGAGUUUGCUUGUCUGAAAGCAGUUGUAUUAUUUCGUGCUGAAACGAAAGGACUUAAAGAUCCGAGUCAAAUAGAAAAUCUUCAAGAUCAAGCCCAAGUGAUGCUGUGGCAGCACUGCAGAACUCAGCUUCCUGGUCAAGUAGCUAGAUUUGGCCGGCUACUUCUUAUGUUACCUCUCCUAAGGAUAGUACCAGCGCCUAGAAUCGAAGCUGUAUUUUUUCAAAAAACUAUCGGCAAUACCCCAAUGGAAAAAGUUUUGUGUGAUAUGUAUAAAAACUGA